AUGCAGUUAGAUGACUUCAAGAACUUCGAGGCCUUAUAUUCCGGCACAGUAUCACCUCUCAUUCAAAAGAAACAGACGCUUGACAAAGAAAGCUUUUUAGUGUCAUCAGCAGUGUGGCUUGAGGUUCGAAAACAGGAUCCAGGGAUACUCUACUAUGAAACACACAUAUACCAAGAGGACUACAAAAUGGUAAACAUGAAUAGAUCCUCUAGAAAACCGAUGUUCGCCGCAUCAAACCCCAAAAGGACUUAG